AUGGCUUCUUUCAGAUAUUCUUCGGAAAAAAGAUCUCAAGGCACUGAACCUUGGCCAGGGAGCUCCUUGUAUCAACUGGAAGUCUUGGCAAAAGAGGCUAGUUGGUUUGGACCAGGGACACGAAUCAUCAUAACAACACGAGACAAGAGCUUGCUCAACUCCUCCUCCUGUGCCGUGUACAAAGUUGAGUAUCUGAAGGAUGAUAAGGCACUCCAGAUCUUUCAGCGGUUUGCUUUUCAAGGAGCAGAACCUCCUAUUGCCUACAAUGAUCUUUCUAUAAGUAUCUCUCAGCUUGCUCAAGGUCUUCCUUCUGCCCUUGAGGAUUUCGGCAUUUAUCUCCGCGGCAAGUCCCUAGUGGAGUGGCGAGAUGCUUUGAAAUCGUUUCGGGAAGCUCCUCUCGAGAAAACCAUGGUGGACUUGAAAAGUAGCUACGAUGGUUUAGAUGAACUCGGUAAGGCGGCUUUUCUUCAUGUGGCAUGCCUUUUCAAUGGAGAACCUGUCCGGCGAGUCAGGAAACUUCUUGGUCAAGGUAAAGCCGGAAUGAGAGUUUUAAAGGAAAAGUCUCUCAUCAAGGUGUCUUCUGAUAGGCGUAUAACUAUGCACCGUUUGCUGGAGCAAAUGGGGAAACAUAUUGUGCGUCAAGAGUCAAACAACAACCCUUCUCAGCAACGUAUCUUGUGGCACCAUGACGACAUCCUUCGAGUACUUGAUACCAAUACAAAUAAGCACUUAAUUGAAGGAGUGGUGCUAGAUGUUUGUGAAUUGCGCGCUGGAGUUCACAUCAACUGGGAUGAUUUCAAGCCGAUGUAUAAUCUGAGGUUUCUUAAGAUAUAUAUCUCUAACCAAUCAGGAGGUUUACAACCAUGGAAGGAAUAUAUGACUCUAGAGAACAAUUUCAGUGUACAUAAGCUUAGGUUUCUACAUUGGGAUGCAUAUCCUUUUACAACCUUGCCUACCAGUAUCAGUCCAGAUUGUCUUGUUGAACUAAAGCUGUGUUACAGCAAGCUCAAGACCCUUUGGCGUGGAACACCGAAACUUGUGAAACUGAUGAAACUAGAUUUGACCGGAUCUAAGGAUCUAACAAAACUUCCAAAUCUCAAGGAAGCAAAGUCUCUAGAGGAGUUGAUACUGAAAGGUUGCAGCUCCUUGGAACGGAUUCCACACUCCAUAUGCAAACUAUCUAGACUCCAGAAAGUUGAUUUGUCCAACUGUGAUAGGCUGGAAAAGCUGAACAUCAGUAUAUCGGAUUCUAAAGAUAAUGGCUUUGAAGACACAAGCAUGUGCCUUAGAUCAGUCUUCAUGUUUUUUUUUGGCACAGAGCCGUUUGUGGGAAAUAAACUGGGGUGCUCUCUUACAGACCCAUCAAUCAGAGGCAACUUACAAAUCUACUUGAAGCUUCUUGAAGGAUCUGCAGAUCAUCUAUCUUUUGUUUCUGAGAACCACGUCUGUCAUGACGUGGACCUCAAGUCACCUCCCUACGGUUUUAAAUCACUGGACAUCAUGCGGUUUAAGUGGGUUGAGAAGGGUAGUGAGUCCACAUGUAAUAGCUUCUCAGGGUUUCCCUGGUUACAGGAGUUAAAUCUCAUCAACCUAAAUAUCAAGAAGAUCCCAGAUGACAUUGACCAGAUGCACGUCCUGGAGAAGUUGGACCUCAGUGGGAAUCUCUUUGAGAAGUUACCUACGACGAUGAGUCAUCUCACCAAGUUGAAACAUUUGACGCUUUCCAACUGCCGCAGCCUUGAAGGACUGCCAGAACUAUCUCAGGUUGAGAGUCUAACACUUUCUGACUGUACCAACCUCCGAACUCUGGUGAAGAAACAUCAAGGAACAACAUACAGUCUGCUUGAGCUUUGGCUUGACAACUGCAAGAAAAUCGAGUCAUUACCAAAUGAGCUUAAGCAUUUCACCAAGCUGACAUGUUUAGAUCUCAGCAGACACGAUUUCAAGACAAUAUCGUCAAAGAUGGUGGGCGAGCUAACCUCAUUGGUAACUCUCAGUCUCAAUUACUGCAACAACCUUGUAUCACUGUCAGGGCUUCCACUAAGUCUCAAGUGUUUAAAUGCACAUGGCUGCAAGUCUUUAAAAACUUAUUCCCUUCAGGCCGCGCAUUCAGAUCUUAGCCCUUGCCCCAAUGGGAAGGACUAUAGUUCAUUCACUAGGUUUCCAGCUGGAAGACGCAGUAAAGAGGUGCCAGUAUGUGCUUGUCCCUGCUUCCAGGAAACAGCAACACGUCGUAAGGUCAAACAUGUGACUUGUAGUCACAUAUCAAUCUUCUUGAGGUGUUUAAAGUCAUGGUUGUGGGAUUUCUUCCUGUGUAUAUUGGCUGUGGCUGUCGGCAUUUUUCUUGCGGUGAUAACCGAUCAUGUCAUCGCAACUACAUUAUUAAUGACUAUUUUUAUGUAUCUGAGGUUGUAA